AUUAUAGCGUAGAAGAAGAAAAAGAAAGAAGGCCGUCUUAUCCAGGAAGAAAAGAAAGUUGGGAAGUGGUGGCAAAUGCGCCCUGUUGUUGUUUUGGUGCUUUUAUGCUUCUGUUAUCGCGGGUACAGCAUAUAUAUAACUAAUAUAACAUUACAUCAUUUUGAUGUUGAGAAAGGAACGUGAACUUGGAAGUUUUUCCUCCUCGUCCCUAAAUUAGCUUAGCUCGUUAGCGUCGAGGUUGGCAACACCUCGGUAAUCAAAGAGUUUGACUGUCAACAUGUUUAAAGUCCGAAUGAUGAGAACGUUGUUGGAGCAGCGACUAAAUUCUGCUGUUGAAGAAAUAUUUGGACUGUUUGAAAGAACCAUAGCAGAAUACGAGGAGGCGCUUUCUCGAACAAAAGUGGAGAACGAGCGACAACGUCAACUGCUGGGUAAUCGCGUAUUCAAACCACAUGCUCGAUUACGGAAAGCAGACAUCCAGCAGAUGCUAUUGGAGAGUCAAGAAGAGGUUUCCUCUGAGCAACAGGAGUGGAGUUCCAGCGUGGGACAGGAGGAGCUGGAGCCCCCUCACAUUAAAGAGGAAGAGGAGGAACUGUGGGAGCAGUAUCAAGGACUGGAGCAGGCUGACAUGACCAAGUCCCCUAUUAACAGGGAGGAUGAUGAAGACAAAGCUCAGACCUCCCAGUUUCAUCACUGCCAAAGAGAAAAGAGCAGCGGGACGGAGCCUCUAACUCAACAUGUAACAACAGAAGAUGAUGAACGAGCACAAUGCCCAGACAGAAACUUUGCUCCAUUGUCAGAUAUCGAUGACAUGAUGUCACACUCUUCUGAGUCAGAUCACAAUGACGACACCAAGGAGCCUUUGGAGACUAACACAGACUUUCAAGAUGAUUUGAGACAUCACAUUGAUUACAAACACUUCGACUGCUCUGAAUGUGGGAGAACAUUCAACCAGAAGUGUAAUUUGACAUUACAUAUGAGAACACACACUGGAGAGAGACCGUUUGCUUGCACGUUUUGCAAUAAAAGAUUCUCCCUAAAGCAUCAUGUGAAAAGACACAUGAGAAUACAUACAGGUGAGAAACCUUUUCCCUGUGCAAUUUGUGGAAAACGAUUCAGAGAAAAGUAUGACAUGAAAGUACACAUGAGAACACACGUUGGGAAGAGACAUUUCACCUCCAGCAGCUCAGCUCAGCUCAACUGAUGACAACAGGAGCUGAUGGAGAGCACUGUGGAGGAUCACAAGCAGACUGUGGAACAACUGAGACUCUCUAACAGGCUCUGACAGUUUGAGCAGAACAAGAACGACAGGUACAUCUCAAUAAAUUUGAGGAGUUCAGGUUUUUAGGAGUUCGCUUCAUACUAGGAGACCUAUUAAAGGCCGGGGGUGGGUGGGUACACUUUUACCCCUGUAAGUGUAAUUAAUUACACUUAAUUUGCUGAUUGGAGCGCAAGUUGUUCACUGAAUGUGGUGGUUUUACUAGUUGGUAAUUCUCGGCAUCAAAAUGAUAAAGAAUUAAAGGAUAGUUUGGAUUUUUAUGGACAGUAAGUUGUAUAACAUCCCCAUCAACAGAGACUUACCCCAGACUUCAACUUCUGGUCGGAAUUCGGUGACGAGGAGCUUCGUUCCAGUUAGUAAAGAGUUUGGCUUCUCAAAACAAUAUGCUGUUUAAAGGAGUAAAAAAACAUUUACAUCACCAACAUGUUUUUGAGGAUGCAUUUUUGGGACGCAAAUGUAUUACUCUUUUGAACGCAUAUCGUUUUGAGAAGCCAAACUCCUAAGUGGCCCCAGCAAUUAACUGGAACUACGUUCUUCAUGACCGAAAUCUGACCAGAACUCGGCUAAAUGGGGGGGGGUAUGUCACUGUUGAGUCACUGCAUUGCUGAUGGGGCUGUCAUACAACUUCAUUUAAAAAAGUCUAAACUAUCCCUUUAAAAAAACUUAUUAUUGAAAGUGUUACAUUUAUUGAAAUUUAACACUUUGUAGUGACUCUAUUGAACAGGGAUAACUAGAUGGUGGCCUGGGGGCCAAAUCCAGCCUGCCAGAGCUUUCCAUCUGGUCCCCAGAAUAAAAUGACUGAAUUGAAGAUGUGCAGUCCUGCAAUGGGUUGGGUAAUCUGAAGAUACCUGAUGGGUCCCUUUGAUGGCUAGAAACGGUAAAAAUACACUUUUGUAAAAUCACUCUGACAACCACAGAUGGCAUAAAAGGGGAUCUAUUAUGCUCAUUUUUGAGUUGUCUCCUAUAGAGCAGCUACACACAAUAACACGCACAGAAAACCUUUUAGAUUUUCCAGAAUCUGCACCUAUUCCAGCUGUAUUUCCUUUGAUUUGUGCUUCCUGCCAAAACGGUCAGUUUUAAUUUAUUCCACCCACAGCCCACCUUCAGGCAUGCCAACUCUGCUGCGAUUGGUCACAUGCCCAAAGUGCUACUUAACUAUGAACCAUAUAAGGAAGUCCACCUCUCUGUGACAUCACAAAGGGGCAGUUUUACCAAGCCUUUUGAAAAUGAAUGUUUUGAGCCAUCCCAAACUUCUUUCAGGGCUCACUUCCAAAUGUGCAAACCUCAUUAUCAGAAACUUUGGCAUCCUUUAACAUGAGAAUUUAACAUUCUAACUACAUGUAUAGGUCAGAAAAGUGGGAAAAAAGCAUAAUAGGUCCCCUUUAAACUUGUUAAGUUUGGGUAGGUAAAAAUAAAAAUGUGUCAUUCACAUUUCGUCCAAUUAGAAGCCUGAAGCCUAUAGUGCCUAUAUGUUCAUCAAUGCACUAUAGUGACAUACUAGAUGGAAAAACGUGCUCGGUCCUUCGAUGCUGAGGUAAGUCAGACCUUAGACCUCAAAGAACAGCGAAGUCACUCACACUGUGAACACAUGAAGGGUAUAUAACAUAAAGUAAUUAAAAGAUGAAAUUCAGGGAAAAAAAGGAAACCUUACUUUUAUCUGUGUGGUUGUCUUGCACACUGGAAGGGGGUUGCAAGGGAGGGAGAGACCAGCUUCUGUAUUUUUUUCCUUUCACAUCAUUUCACUUGAAGUUUUUUGGCACCGUCAGAAGUCUGCCUCAUGCUUGGAAGACAUACUGUAAUUAUGGGGAAAAACAGCAAAAGUGAUGUUAUCCUUCCUCAACACUUUGCAACAAAUUCUCUGUCCUUUUGUGUUUUUCUGCAGUGCGCCUGCAGCUAACUGUCUUUUUGUACAGUAUUAAGACUUUUUAUGAUUUAUUUUUUUGCAUCACAAGGAGGCAAUAACUUUGCUCCACAGUCAGAUAUGUAAAUUAUGAUGUCAUACUUCUGAAAUCAAAGUACCAAAGAACCAGUGGGCAGUAAAAAGGACUCCAAAGGUGAUAGAAUAGCAUUACACAGAGCGCUGACAUUUUGACUGCUCUCAGUGUAAGAAGAUAUUUUGCUACAGAGGUCAUUUGAAAAGACACACCUUUUAAAGAGAAACCCUUUGCUUGCUCAGUUUGCUCAGCUCUUGGGACAGCUGAUGAUCCAUACAAAGGAGAAAUAUCUUUUCUGUUUAGUUUGUGCAAGAAGAUUCUCUCACAAGUGUACUGGUGAGAAACCUUUUGCUUGCUCAGUUUCACUUAAAUAUUCACAACACGGCAUCAUUUGAUAAGACACAUGAUGAUCCAUACAAAGGAGAGAUUUUCCUGUUCAGUUUCUGCCAGAAGAUGCUCAGAAAAAGUAUUCUAGCAUGAGAAAGCUUGUGAGAAACAUUUUACCUGCUCAGUUUGAAUGAACGGCUUAUCUCGCCAAGAGUCUUUCAUGGUAUAUAUGAGAAAACAUGCUGCAGAGGAGAAACCUUUGGCCUCCAGCAGCUCAACUCAACACAUGACAGCAGAAGAUGGAGAGCACUGUGGAGGAGCACACGCAGACAGUAACUUUGUUCCAAUAUCAGAUAUAAAGAAGAUGUCACAUUUUUCUGAGAGCCAUCACAUUGAUGAUGUCAGAUUCAUCGGAGAAUGAAAAUGACGCUUUGACUGGUAUCAAUCUGAGGAGACAAUUGACCAGGACUUAUUUGAAAAGACAUAUGAUAUGAUUUGGGUGCUUUUCAAAAGAUUUUAUGAUGUUUGUACUUCAUUUUUUUAAAUAAAGUGUAAAAAAGAUUUCCUCCUAUUU